GCAACGCGGCGUGAGCAGCGGCCCCAGGCUCCCGGAGCAUCGCUCUCGGAGAAGACUUCGCUGCUCGGGGCCGCAGCCUGGUGAGCUCAGCCCCCUUCAGGCCCUCCCCUGCAUCCCAGCCGGGGCCUCUCCGAGCCGGCGCUGAUCGAUGCCGACACACCCCGGGGACCCUAUCGCGAAUCCAUCGCGCCAUAUCGCGACAUCAUCGUGCCCUGUCGAGACUCCAUUUUGUCACAGCCUUUUUCGAUAUAUAUCUUUUUAAAAAAUUUGCUCUGUCAUCUUUGGGGGCUGUCCCCCAUGUCGUGAUUUUACCGUGAUCUCUCCGUGACAUCACCGCGUCAUCGUGAAGUGUGAUCUCAUCGCCGCUCUGUCGUGACUUCAUCAAUGUCGUGUUGUGACCUGGCUGCGGCGGGACAGUUGGACAAGGCGGGCAUCAUGGCCUCGGAUUGUGAGCCAGCUCUGAACCAGGCAGAGGGCCGAAACCCCACCCUGGAGCGCUACCUGGGAGCCCUCCGUGAGGCCAAGAAUGACAGCGAGCAGUUUGCAGCCCUGCUGCUAGUGACCAAGGCAGUCAAAGCAGGUGACAUAGAUGCCAAAACUCGGCGGCGGAUCUUCGAUGCCGUCGGCUUCACCUUUCCCAAUCGUCUUUUGACCACCAAGGAGGCACCGGAUGGCUGCCCUGACCAUGUUCUCCGGGCCCUGGGCGUGGCUCUGCUGGCCUGCUUCUGCAGUGACCCUGAACUGGCUGCCCAUCCCCAGGUCCUGAACAAGAUCCCCAUCCUUAACACCUUCCUCACAGCCCGGGGGGACCCAGACGAUGCUGCGCGCCGCUCCAUGAUUGAUGACACCUACCAGUGCCUGACAGCUGUAGCAGGCACAACCCGUGGGCCCCGGCACCUGAUUGCAGGUGGCACUGUGUCUGCCCUGUGUCAGGCAUACUUGGGGCAUGGCUAUGGCUUUGACCAGGCCCUGGCACUCCUAGUGGGGUUGCUGGCCGCUGCCGAGGCACAGUGCUGGAAGGAGGCGGAGCCUGACCUGCUGGCUGUAUUGCGGGGCCUCAGCGAGGAUUUCCAGAAAGCAGAGGAUGCCAGCAAGUUUGAGCUCUGCCAGCUGCUGCCCCUCUUUCUGCCCCCAACAACCGUGCCCCCUGAAUGCCUUCGGGAUCUACAGGCUGGGCUGGCACGCAUCCUGGGAAGCAAGCUGAGCUCCUGGCAGCGCAACCCUGCACUGAAGCUGGCAGCCCGCCUGGCGCACGCCUGUGGCUCCGACUGGAUCCCAGCAGGCAGCUCUGGGAGCAAGUUCCUGGCCCUGCUGGUGAAUUUGGCAUGUGUGGAGGUGCGGCUGGCACUGGAGGAGACUGGCACAGAGGUGAAAGAGGAUGUGGUGACCGCCUGCUAUGCCCUCAUGGAGUUGGGUAUCCAGGAGUGCACCCGCUGUGAGCAGUCCCUGCUUAAGGAGCCACAGAAGGUGCAGCUUGUUAGCAUCAUGAAGGAGGCCAUCGGGGCUGUCAUCCACUACCUGCAGCAGGUGGGGCCGGAGAAGCAGAAGGAGCCCUUCGUGUUUGCCUCAGUGCGGAUCCUGGGUGCCUGGCUGGCCGAGGAGACUUCGUCCCUGCGUAAGGAGGUGUGCCAGCUGCUGCCCUUCCUCGUCCGCUAUGCCAAGACCCUCUACGAGGAGGCCGAGGAGGCCAAUGACCUUUCCCAGCAGGUGGCCACCCUGGCCAUCUCCCCUACCACCCCAGGGCCCACCUGGCCAGGGGAUGCACUCCGGCUCCUUCUGCCUGGCUGGUGCCACCUGACUGUCGAAGAUGGGCCCCGGGAGAUCCUGAUCAAGGAGGGGGCCCCUUCACUUCUGUGCAAGUAUUUCCUGCAGCAGUGGGAGCUCACAUCCCCUGGCCAUGACACCUCAGUGCUGCCCGACAGCGUGGAGAUUGGCCUGCAGACCUGCUGCCACAUCUUCCUCAACCUUGUGGUCACCGCACCAGGACUGAUCAAGCGUGACGCCUGCUUCACGUCUCUUAUGAACACCCUGAUGACAUCGCUGCCUGCGCUAGUGCAGCAACAGGGGAGGCUGCUGCUGGCUGCCAAUGUGGCCACCCUGGGCCUCCUCAUGGCCCGGCUCCUUAGCACCUCUCCAGCUCUUCAGGGAACACCAGCCUCCCGAGGUUUCUUCGGAGCUGCCAUCCUCUUCUUAUCACAGUCCCACGUGGCACGGGCCACCCCUGGUUCAGACCAGGCAGUGCUGGCCCUGUCCCCUGACUACGAGGGCAUCUGGGCCGACCUGCAGGAGCUCUGGUUCCUGGGCAUGCAGGCCUUCACAGGCUGUGUGCCGCUACUGCCCUGGCUGGCCCCCGCUGCCUUGCGCUCCCGCUGGCCACAGGAGCUGCUCCAGCUGCUAGGCAGCGUCAGUCCCAACUCUGUCAAGCCUGAGAUGGUGGCCGCCUAUCAGGGUGUCCUGGUGGAGUUGGCACGGGCCAACCGGCUGUGCCGGGAGGCCAUGAGGCUGCAGGCGGGUGAGGAGACGGCCAGCCACUACCGUAUGGCCGCCUUGGAGCAGUGCCUGUCAGAGCCCUGAGGGGUGUCCACUGGGGAUAGACCAGGGGGCAGGCAGCGAGGGAGGGAGGGAGGAGGCAUCUUCCCCGAAGCCCCCAAACUGCACCCCCCUCCCCAGACUUCCCCCACCAAACACCCCAGCUUUCUGGCUUUUCCAAGGGCAAGGGCAUGGUGCCCACCCCUCAAAUGUAAGGACCUGCGUUCCGCCCCCGAGGCCCCCACAGUGGGCAGGAUCGGCUUGGAAAUCAACGUGGUUGUCCCCACCGGGCCGGGGAAGGUUGGAGCAGCCCCCAGGGAGGUGGGCACUAGGUGUCAUUGUGCCCAAUGUCUGGCUCCCCCACAGGAGGGAGGCCCUGGGUUAGGAAAGAGUUGGCAGGAGCUGACUGCCUCAGCCCAUGUGCCCUGCCGGCCAGGGCAUGGGCUUCCUUAGGCUGUGGUGCCCCCUCUGGCCCGCGCAGGUCCACGUCCUUUAAAUUGACUCUUUGGCUCUUGCCAUUGGCCCCCUUGGGCAGAGAGCAGGAUCAGGCCAUUGAUAUCACAGUUCUUCCUAUCAGCUUCAGUGACCCAGGAUCUGAACUGCCCUCAUCCUUCCAGGGCAGCCUGGAGCAGACAGGUCUGGUGGGGGAUGAGGAAUCCUCUGUCCUGAGCUUCCUUGAGGGGACCAAGGAGUCCAUGGGCCCAGGUCUCUAAGCUUUUGUGUCAUGUUGCAGCAGAGUGAUGAUGGGGGUUGGGGGUUAUUUAUUUUGCCUGUUCUUAUCCCUGCUUGGACACCUGAGCAUCUGAUCCCUGUCCCCGUGGUGCCAUCCGGCCUGGCUGGAGCCAGGAACAGGAAGGACAUUUCCCCAGAAAUACGCAUGUUUCCCCAGUGAUUGCACCCCAUUGCCACCGUGGUGCCUGGCUUUAACUCCCACCCCUGCUAUAACUCUUCUCUGCAGAGACGCGACUGGCGGCUCCAGCAGGGACUACCUUUCUUAUGAACCCAGGGGGACCCCCACACACACCUGAUCCCUUGCUUCCCUCCCUCAGUGCGUUCUGUGAUCGCCAAGUUCAAAGCUGUGCACAUGUGGA